AUGGAAGGUCGAUCAGAGAUGUUUUCUAUCAUCCUGCUUGGUGGGCAGCUCGCAUACGCCGAUAUUGACUUUAUGCUGGAAGCAAAAGUUACUGCAUGUUAUAAGACGCAUGAUUAUUACUUUGUAUGGACCGUAAACAGCUCUGAGGGCAGUGUGGCUGUUUCUGACGUGAAAGGCUCCCGGUUGGUCAUCCGAGCCAAUACCCUGACUCCUGGAGCGUACUAUGACGUGGUCUGCCAAGUGUACAAGUACUCUACUGGCGAUUUCAUUACACAGAGCAGUCUUCCAUUCCGUGUGCUACAUAGGAAUGUCACUAUAAACUUUAAUGUUGAUCUCAUGUCCAUAUCAGCUGAGCGUCCUUUAAAGCUAUCCACCGAUAUCAACAAACUGGACUAUAUUGGAGAGGGAAUGACGAUUGCUUGGGAAUGCACAACUGGUGGCGAACCAGUGGAAACAUUUUACCAGACCGACGAUGAUGGCCAUUUGUAUUUCCCAUCAGGUUUGCUGUAUGCUGGAGAGUAUUUGAUGAAGGUGACAGUUGAUGUGCGAAGACACUCAAUCUCUGAAAAAGCCAUUACCCGCGUGAUUGCUGUGGAUCCCCUUUUACCGGUCAUUCAGUUGCAACAUAUGCCAAGAGUCGUGAACGAAGGUACUGUCGUCACUAUACAUGCCAACGUCAGUAAUGUGGUACCAGGCUGUACAAUUACCUGGUACUUCAGAAGCAAGCACUGUUUGGAGUCAGAGUUCUCUACAGCUACCGAUAUCUGUGCUGACAACCCGCAUGGCACAGAGAUUUCGACACCGAUAAACUUUUAUUCCCUUGAACAAAACUUCCUGAGCGAACUGACGGAUUAUACCAAUGAGACUAGUUGGAGGUCGGUAUCAGCCAACUUCGAAGCUGCGGCUGGCAGAGUCAGGGUUGUAGCGCAGUGUAAUUGUAAGAAAGACGAGAACUGCACUGGUGAAGGGGAAGUAUUCGCCGGUGUUGUAUUCGAGCUCAAUGAAAGGCCUGAUACAGGCUAUGUCUUGGUUACGCCAGAAAUGGGAACAGCGAUGGAAACAGUAUUCCGUCUGAGUACACAUCGCGUACCAGAUGUUAACAAGCCACUGAAGUACACCUUCUAUUGCGACCUGAACAACAAUGACACUCUGUUGCUUGGCACUUAUCUUGAACAUAAUGCGGUGGAGACUCUCUUACCUUACAUUGAGGGUGGAAUAAACGUUUGGGUUGAAGUAUGUGACUCCCUGGGCGCUUGUACGCCUGGAUCUACCACCUUGGUGCCAGUAGCUCCGGGCGAGGCUCGCACGAUCGAUGCGUUGAUCGAAGAUGUGCGUGCGCAUGUGCGACGUUGCGAGCUCACGCUACUACGGCGGCUUGCAGCAACUGCUGUUGUCAGCUACACUAACGCAGCCCAGACUGAAGCAUUUUCGAAGUUUACUACUUCGCUACUGAAUGCGUUGGGUGGCAUCGAAGAACGCUGUAUCGAACGCAACUACGAUUUAUACAAUGAUUUCAUGUACUGGCUCCAGAAAGCCGGCGUAGAUACCACUAAGUUAGUGUAG